GGAAACAGUUUAAAUAAACGCUGAUAAACUGAUAUCUGAAUGUAGAUAUGACGAUUAGUUUAUCAGAAGCACAUGGAGAACACAGCAGAAUGAAACGUGCCCACAUGUAAUGGCAGGCUAUAAAAUCCAGAGGGGUUUGGUUUCUCCUCACGGAACUAGGUAAGACGCUCAGUCCUCGCUUUCAGAACUUUAACAAGUGACACUUAGAUGCUGAGCGAUGAACAUUUUGUUAAAUUUCAGGAGCGCUGUGUUUGCCACCAUGAAGUCGUCGUCUCUCGUCCUCUGUGCCCUCCUGGGCGUUGUCUUCUCUGUCAGGGCUGCAGCAGUGCCUCUUCCUCUAGAGGUCGUCAGUGUUACGACCACGAGAACUCCUGCAUGGAGGACGAUUUACGACCUCACCACCCCAAUGCUGACCACAACUCCAACUACAACAACCACAGUUACAUGUUGCAUGACUACAUCUCCGCCUCCACAAACAACAACACUGCCACCAACGCCAACAACAACGGCGACAACAACAACAACAACAAGCACCACCCCAGUUACAAGUUGUAUGUCGUCUCCACUGACAACCACAACACCACCACCAACAACGAUGAUCUUUACAACGACGGCUAAAGCAACACCACCAAAAUGAGUUGAGUUGGCACCAGUUUUGACUAGGGAAUCAUCUCGCUCCAUGAACCAGAUGUGUCCUGAAGGAUGGGAGGUGUUCCAGGGACGUUGCUACUACUUUGAGAAUGAGGACAUGACGUGGCCUCAGGCUCAGUCAAACUGUGCCAUGAUGGGGUCCACACUGGUGUCCGUCCACAGCCCUCAGGAAUACAGUUUCCUCCAGCAGCUCACCAAUAGGGCCGGCAACCAAAAAGCUUGGGUGGGCGGCUUCUACCUGCAGGAUCAGUGGUUAUGGAUUGAUGGUUCCUGGUUCUACGACAACAACUGGAACAACGAGUCCCCGAACCCUUACCCCAGUGAAAACCCCUGCCUAAUGCUCAAUUCUAAUGAAGCAUGGACUAAUACCCUAUGUGACGCUGGUGGCUUCGCCUCCAUCUGUGCAAAGAGCUCCAACAUCUCGUCCAGAGUGGUUUGUCCUGACGGCUGGACGGGGUUCCAUGGCCGCUGCUAUUACUUCAACCGCAGCCCUCUGACCUGGUCCAAAGCUGAUGCUUUCUGCGCUGAUCUCGAGUCCAGCCUGGUGUCAGUCCACACUCUUGAGGAGUAUUCCUUCCUCUAUCGACAAAUCUCCAACGCAGCCUGGCUCGGUGGAUUCUACCUUGAGGGUCAGUGGAUUUGGCUCGAUUGGCUCCUGGUUUUAUCAGGGAUUUUUUAGCCAGAUGUCUCCAGUCAGCGCCAAUCCAUGUUUUUCAACAUUCAACUCAGGCGGCUGGAGUAAUUAUCCCUGUGUUGAGACCCUUACUUCAUUUUGUGUGAAGAAUGCAGCUGUGUGAACUGCACAAUAAAUCCACACAGGAUGGAUUAAAGCAAAUUUUCAAAUAAAUCAGAGAGUUGUUUAUCA